GCCCCGCCGCGCGAGAAGGCGACUCCAGGGAAAGGGGGGGAGGGAGACCGCGGGCGGCCGGGGCGGGCCCCCCAGGCUCCGGAGGGACCCCCGACUCCAGCCACGUCUGGCUCUGCGCCCGCCCGGCGCGGCCCGGGCACCGACGGCUCCUGCCCGCGCGGCUGAGACGCGGGGCCACACCUGGGCGCCCGUGCCCCGCAUGGCCGCGCGCUGAGGGCCCGACAGGGAGGGAGUCCCGCGCGGAAAGCCGGCGUCCGACCCGCUCAGGAGUGGGGGGAGGAGGGUGUUCAGACUUGGGGGGGCUAGCGCCCCCCAAACUCGGAUCGGAUCCAACCGGAGCGAGGCGGCGCCAUGGAGCUGCGGGCGCUGCUGUGCUGGGCUUCGCUCGCCGCCGCUUUGGAAGAGACCCUAUUGAACACAAAAUUGGAAACUGCUGACCUGAAGUGGGUGACGUUUCCCCAGGUGGAGGGGCAGUGGGAGGAGCUGAGCGGCCUGGACGAGGAGCAGCAUAGCGUCCGCACCUAUGAAGUAUGCGACGUGCAGCGGGCCCCAGGCCUGGCCCACUGGCUGCGCACGGGCUGGGUGCCACGGCGCGGCGCCGUCCACGUCUAUGCCACGCUGCGCUUCACUAUGCUCGAGUGCCUCUCCCUGCCCCGGGCCGGCCGCUCCUGCAAGGAGACCUUCACCGUCUUCUAUUACGAAAGCGAUGCCGACACUGCCACGGCCGUCACGCCGCCCUGGAUGGAGAACCCCUACAUCAAGGUGGACACAGUGGCUGCCGAGCACCUGACGCGAAAACGCCCGGGGGCCGAGGCCACAGGGAAGGUGAACGUCAAGACGCUGCGCCUGGGCCCGCUCACCAAGGCCGGCUUCUACCUGGCCUUCCAGGACCAGGGCGCCUGCAUGGCCCUGCUGUCCCUGCACCUCUUCUACAAGAAGUGCGCCCAGCUGACCGUGAACCUGACCCGCUUCCCGGAGACCGUGCCUCGCGAGCUGGUGGUUCCCGUGGCCGGGAGCUGCGUGGCUGAUGCCGUCCCCGCACCCGGCCCCAGCUCCAGCCUCUACUGCCGGGAGGACGGCCAGUGGGCCGAGCAGCCCGUCACCGGCUGCAGCUGUGCUCCGGGCUUCGAGGCCGUCGAGGGGAACACCAGGUGCCGAGCCUGUGCCCAGGGCACCUUCAAGCCCCUGCCAGGGGAGGGGUCCUGCCAGCCAUGCCCGGCCAACAGCCACUCCAAUGCCAUCGGCUCGUCCGUCUGCCAGUGCCGCAUCGGGUACUUCCGGGCCCGCACGGACCCCCGGGGUGCUCCCUGCACCACCCCGCCCUCUGCACCCCGAAGCGUCGUCUCCCGUCUGAACGGCUCCUCCCUGCGCCUGGAGUGGAGUGCCCCCCUGGAGUCCGGCGGCCGGGAGGACCUCACCUACACCCUGCGCUGCCGCGAGUGCCGCCCUGGGGGUCCCUGCACGCCCUGCGGGGGCGACCUGACCUUCGACCCUGGCCCCCGGGACCUGGUCGAGCCCUGGGUGAUGAUCCGUGGGCUGCGCCCCGACUUCACCUAUACCUUCGAGGUCACUGCCUUGAACGGGGUGUCCUCCCUGGCAACGGGGCCGGCGCCCUUCGAGCCCGUCAAUGUCACCACCGACCGUGAGGUGCCCCCGCCUGUGUCCGAUAUCCGGGUGACGCGGUCGUCACCCAGCAGCUUGAGCCUGGCCUGGGCUGUUCCCCGGGCGCCUGGUGGGGCCGUGCUGGACUAUGAGGUCAAGUACUACGAGAAGGGCGCGGAGGGCCCCAGCAGCGUGCGCUUCCUGAAGACCUCGGAAAACCGGGCAGAGCUGCAGGGGCUGAAGCGGGGAGCCAGCUACCUGGUCCAGGUGCGGGCACGCUCCGAGGCUGGCUACGGACCCUUCGGCCAGGAGCACCACAGCCAGACGCAGCGGGAUGAACACGAGAGUUGGCGGGAGCAGCUGGCCCUGAUCGCAGGCACGGCGGUCGUGGGUGUGGUACUGGUCCUGGUGGUGGUCGUCAUCGCCGUUCUCUGCCUCAGGAAGCAGAGCAGUGGGCGAGAAGCCGAGUACUCGGACAAGCACGGACAGUAUCUCAUCGGGCAUGGUACAAAGGUCUAUAUCGACCCCUUCACUUACGAAGACCCUAAUGAGGCUGUGAGGGAAUUUGCCAAAGAAAUCGACGUCUCCUACGUCAAGAUCGAAGAGGUGAUCGGCGCAGGUGAGUUUGGUGAGGUGUGCCGGGGGCGGCUCAAGGCGCCGGGCAAGAAGGAGGGCUGCGUGGCCAUCAAGACCCUGAAGGGCGGUUACACCGAGCGGCAGAGACGCGAGUUCCUGAGUGAGGCGUCCAUCAUGGGCCAGUUCGAGCACCCCAACAUCAUCCGCCUCGAGGGUGUCGUCACCAACAGUGUCCCCGUCAUGAUCCUCACCGAGUUCAUGGAGAACGGUGCCCUGGACUCCUUCCUGCGGCUGAACGAUGGGCAGUUCACAGCCAUCCAGCUGGUGGGCAUGCUGCGGGGCAUUGCCUCGGGCAUGCGGUAUCUGGCCGAGAUGAGCUACGUCCACCGCGACCUGGCCGCCCGCAACAUCCUGGUCAACAGCAACCUGGUCUGCAAGGUGUCCGACUUUGGCCUCUCGCGCUUCCUAGAGGAGAACUCUUCUGAUCCCACCUACACAAGCUCUCUGGGAGGAAAGAUUCCCAUACGAUGGACAGCCCCUGAGGCCAUCGCCUUCCGGAAGUUCACAUCUGCCAGCGACGCCUGGAGUUAUGGGAUUGUGAUGUGGGAGGUCAUGUCUUUCGGGGAACGGCCGUAUUGGGAUAUGAGCAAUCAGGACGUGAUCAAUGCCAUCGAGCAGGACUACCGGCUGCCACCGCCCCCAGACUGCCCCACCUCCCUGCACCAGCUCAUGCUGGACUGUUGGCAGAAGGACCGGAAUGCCCGGCCCCGCUUCCCCCAGGUGGUCAGUGCCCUGGACAAGAUGAUCCGGAACCCAGCCAGCCUCAAAAUCGUGGCCAGGGAGAAUGGCGGGGCCUCGCAUCCGCUCCUGGAUCAGCGGCAGCCUCACUACUCGGCUUUCGGCUCCGUGGGGGAGUGGCUCCGAGCCAUCAAGAUGGGAAGAUACGAAGAAAGUUUUGCAGCCGCCGGAUUUGGCUCCUUCGAGCUGGUCAGCCAGAUCUCUGCUGAGGACCUGCUUCGAAUUGGAGUCACCCUGGCGGGACACCAGAAGAAAAUCCUGGCCAGUGUCCAGCACAUGAAGGCCCAGGCCAAGCCUGGAGCGCCAGGCGGGAGCGGAGGAGCAGCCCCGCAGUACUGACCGGCCCGUCACCUACCCCAGGGCCGCAGCCCCUGCCCCCUUGUCCUGGGGCAGAGUCGGUGGGGACUCGCGGAGGCCCCAUCGCUGCGCCCCGCUGGAUUGCACUUUGAACCCUUGGGGCUGGGGUGUCGGCAGUUUGGAGAGACUGGAUUUGGGGGUUCUGCCCUCCCCCCGGGAUUGGGUGUGACCAGGAAAAAAGGAAACGCCCGUAAUCUCCCGACUUCCCCAGGGGAGGUUGGGUGGGGACCCCCGCAGCAGCCCUCUGAUCCCCAGUCAGGGCUCCCAGGUGCUCCCCCUCACCCUACGGGCCAUGCAGACCAAAGAGAGGGGGGCCACUCGCCCGCGAGCGCGGCAGUGGGGCGACGUCGGGAGGCAGGAAGGGGCGUCAUGGCCAGUGACGAAGUCAUUGGACUUCGAUGUCUCGACCUUGCUGCUGUCACCACCGAACUCGACUUUUUUCCUUGUAAAUGCCCCUCCCCCCAUCUGUUGUUGCCUUCAUAUUGAAGGUUUUUGAGUUUUA